GGUAUAAAACACAAAAAAACUACAAAAUGUCGGAUCCAGUGGCGGAUUUUUUGGCUCGUGAACAGAAUUUAUUUGCUGAUUUUGAUGGGGCACCACCAGCAGCUGCAGCAGCUAAUCCAGAUGCGCCAGAAGCCGAUGCUCCAGCUCCAGCUCUUGAUGAUGACUUUGGAGACCUCCAGAUUGCUGGUGACGAGCCACCACCGGUUGUGCAUCCAACUGAUUCCGGAGUCGAUUUGGAUGGACUUGUCGACGACAAUGCUGCCGCACCAGCAAUCGUUGUUCCUGCCGUAGAACCAAUGGUGAAUGGAAAUCAUUCUGCUUCUUCCGGAGGUUCUAAAGGUCCAUCACCAAUUCUCUCAACUGUCCCAAGAAUUGAGGCUGAAAAAAUUCGACUGUGGAAAGCUCAGCAAGAGCAACUUCUUUCGAAAAAAGAUGAAGCUGAAGAAAAGAAAAAGAUUGAACUUCGUGCAAAUGCCAAGAAGGAGCUUGAAGAGUGGUAUAAACAACGCGAGAAGACCCUUCAAUUGUCACAUGACGAAAAUCUGAAAAACGAGAAAUCCAAUCAAGAACUUUUCGCCAAGCAACAAGAUGGAGAUGCUCAAUGGGAAACAGUGAACAAGCUCGUUGAUCAACAAAAAUCGAAGAGUGGAAAGGAUCUGAGUCGUCUGAAAACCCUGCUUGCUGGUCUGAAACAUGCUGGAAAAUAAACAAGUAUCUUGAAUAUUUAACGCAAACACUUAUAUUUUUCUCGCCGUUAUUUUUCCUUCGCAUAUUCGCUUCAAUUCUUUUCACUGUUAAAUAAUGUAUUUAUUAUUUAUGAGCAAAAGUAGUCAAGUUUACGUUUCCCGAUUUGGUUGUCAUUCACUUUCCCUCCCUCCAGCCACCACCAUCAUUUUGUGUCGCCCUUCAAAUUUUUUUCAAUUCAAUCCCCUGUUCUAAUCAAUCCAUUUGAGCUCCGAUUUCCGAUAAUCCCUUUCUUGUGAUAAGUAAAAAAAGAAGAUGAACUGUUUUACCGCCCC